GUUGGAGCUGACGCGUUGCUGUUAACAUACGUGCGCAGAGUCACAUUAGUAUAAAGGCUGUUCGAAAACACAAUUUUGCAAACGCACUAAUCUUGAAUUUCGAAGAAAGUAAUCAUGGCAGACACAAGAGGUAUCAAGUUAUUAACUACUCCUCGAAACCAAAACGCCGCGUAUGUAAUCGCAACAUAUGAAACGUCAUCAGAUGCGAAUUUUGCUCCAGAGGAGACGCCAAUUGUCUACGAGGAUAUGAUGAUUUUAAGUCCUACCGACAAUGUCACUGACCCCAAGCCAAGGACUACACAGCCAUCAAAGACUAAUGUUAAUAGAAACCAAAGCGCCGGGUAUGUAAACGCAACAUAUGAAAUGUCAUCGGAUGUAAAUUUUGCUCCAGAGGAGACGCCAAAUGUUUACAAAAGUAUGAGGAUUUGUGGUCCUACCGACAAUGUCACUGACCCCAAUCCAAAGAUUACACAGCCACCAAAGACAAAAGUUAAUAGAAAUCAAACGUCAUCAGAUGUGAAUUUUGCUCCAGAGGAGACGUCAAGUGUUUACGAGAGUAUUAGAAUUUGUGGUCCUACCAACAAUGUCACUGACCCCAAUCCAAGGAUUACACAGCCACCAAAGACAAAAGUCAAUAGACGGUUACAAAUAGCACUGGUGUUAGUGGGAAUCAUAUGCGCUGCACUGGUUGCUACUGUUGUAUGGUCACUUGUGCAUACCCAAGAGGAAAAAAAAGUCCGUGAAUGUUCCAACCGUCCCUGUCUGCAUGGUGGGACGUGUGUUGACAUGGUGAAUUCCUAUCGAUGUUUGUGUUCUGCCGGGUACUAUGGGACAAACUGUCAAGCUAGAGAUCCCUGUCGCAGCCAGCCUUGCCAAAAUGGUGCAGUCUGCAGGAAUCAAUCUGAGACGUAUUUGUGCAGUUGUCCUUCUGGAUAUUCGGGUAGAAAUUGUGAAACAAUGACCAACCAUUGUCUUAGCCUACCCUGUAAAAAUGGUGCCUCGUGUGUAAACCUGGCAGCUUCGUUUGUGUGUUCUUGUACUUCCGGUUUCCAAGGGCCAAGGUGCGAAGACGAUAUAAAUGAAUGUUUGAAUAACCCGUGUGUCAGUGGCGCCACCUGUCGAAACAGUUAUGGCGGAUUUCACUGCAGUUGUCCAGGUGGUUUUACAGGAACAUACUGCCAGCUAGAAAUCAGUGAAUGUUCCAGUCGUCCUUGUCAGAAUGGUGGGACGUGUGUUGACAUGGUGAAUUCUUAUCAAUGUUUGUGUUCUGCCGGGUACUACGGGACAAACUGCCAAGAUUUGCUGUACCGACCCCUGUAUCGUCUUGUUGGAUCAAUUACCACUGGAAAAUACAGUGGCAGAGUUGAAGUGUAUCAUAAUGGAAGUUGGGGAACAGUUUGCGACGACAGCUGGGAUAAUAAUGAUGCUCAAGUUUUCUGCAGGUCCUUGGGUCUUCCCUAUUCCAGAGCAUUUAGUAUACAGAGUGCGUAUUUCGGGCAAGGUAAUGGAACUAUAUGGUUGGACGAUAUUGACUGCACAGGGUGGGAACCCAACAUUGCAUCAUGUACUCACAGAGGUUGGGGGAUUCAUAACUGUGGUCACGAUGAAGAUGCUGGAGUUAUUUGUUAUUGAAGAUACAUCUUAGAACAUGCUGUUGAAAAUGUGCCACCUUUUUCCGCAUAGUGAACUAAUACAGGGAGAGACAAAUGAAUAGCAAUGAUUUGUUGAUAUUCGGUUAUGUAAAAUGAGUAGCGUUUGUCAGGUUUAAAAAUCAGUACAUUACUCUUGCAUUAUUCAGUUGUUUUAAGCCAAGGUUAUGGUUAGAAUACAUGCUUUUAGUAUAGUACGGCACGGCACGGCACGGCACGGCACGGUACAGUACAGUACAGUAUAGUACGGUACAGUAUAGUAUAGAACAGUAUAGUAUAGAGUAAUAGAUUAAACAGACAUAACUGUCAGUAGCAUUGAAAUCUAUUCAGUUGUUAUAAGUCAAGGUUAGAGUUAGAAUACAUGCUUUUGGUAUAGUAUAGUAUAGUAUAGUAUAGUAUAGUAUAGUAUAGUAAACAGACAUAUCCGUCAGUAGCAUUGAAAUCUAUGAAAUGGAGUGCUAUAAAUAACAUUUGACAUUUAAUUAUUUUUAUUAUCAUUAAUCUUAAUGAAGUUUCUUUCUAUUUAAAUAUAUUUUCAGUAACUACGAUUUUGCUAAGAAUAUACUUCAGUUAUUAAGGGAAUUUGCUGUACAGAAGCCUAUUUCGGAUAAGGUGGUGGAACCAUACGGCUGUCAACUGCACGUGAUCAGAACCCAAUAUUGAGUCUUAACCCUCAAGGGACCGAGUGGGGUCAUUUACGACCCCAGCCAUAUGAUUUA